AUGGGCUCCCAAGUCACCGACACGCCGGCCCUGGCCACGAACCCCAAGUUCAUCUUCUUCACCGACUUCGACGGCACAAUCACCCUCGAGGACUCCAACGACUACAUGACGGACAACGUCGGCUUCGGCUACGAGAAGCGCCGCGACGGCAACCUCGCCGUGCUCGAGGGCCACAAGCACUUCCGCGACGCCUUCCGCGAGAUGAUGGAGAGCAUCCCCCUGCCCUUCGACCAGUGCAUCGACCUGCUCAAGAAGAACGUCAAGCUCGACCCCGUCUUCAAGGAGUUCUACUUCUGGGCAAAGGAGCAGAACAUCCCCGUCGUCAUCAUCUCCGGCGGCAUGCGCCCCAUCAUCCGCGCCCUGCUCAUCCAGUGGCUCGGCGAGGAGGAGGUCGACGCCAACAUCCAGAUCGUGAGCAACCAGGUCGCGCCCCGCGAGGGGAAGAGCAUCAAUGAGCCGCACGGCUGGCAGAUUGUCUACCACGACGACAGCAUCCACGGCCACGACAAGUCGAUUGAGUUGCGCAAGUACUCGUCCCUUCCCGACCGCCCCGUCAUGUUCUACGCCGGCGACGGAGUCUCCGAUCUGUCUGCCGCCCGCGAGACGGAUCUGCUCUUUGCCAAGCGCGGCAAGGACCUCGUCUCGUGGUGCGAGAAAGAGAAUGUCUCUUUUGUCACCUUCAACGACUUUUCCGACAUUCUGGACACCGUCAAGCAGAUUGUCGACGGCAAGGUCAGCGUCAAGGACGCUGCGCGCGGCCGUAUUCACCACUAG